AUGCCACGAUCUGCAACGGAUGCUACGCGCUUUACAUCCACGACUCCCUAUGCCUCCGCGAAACCGCCACCUUCAGCACAAAAGAGCAAGGGACCGGUUGGGGAAACACCACAAGAAAAGAUUAGAAGACUCAGAGCUGCGGCUGAUAGGGCGAGAGAUGCGCAGGUGACGACCUUUGAUAAGAUUGUUAUUAGGGGAAGAGUAUGGGCCGAUCGAGCGCAUCGAUUUACGGCUCUGAGCUUGAUCGGAGCUACUUUUGUUGCUGGAGGUGUUACUGUAUACACAUUCUGGGAUAUGAUUGUCUAUAAUCGAAAGAAACGGGCCCAAUUCUACCAAGAACAGAAAGCGAAGCAACAAUCUGCCGUUCAUGAUGCUAGAGAGGCAAUAGCAGCUGGAACAGCGACAGAAGCGCAGAUCAACUUCAUAAAGAUGGAAGACGACUACCAGUCCAAGGUAGAUGCCGCAAAAAAGAAGAAAGCAGAGCCAGGUCCUGUAAGAAAAGCGAGGGAUUGGCUAUUCGAAGGCUUGAAGAAAGAGGAGCAGGGCAAAGAUGUGGGCACCAGUGAAAGAAGAUUAGGUUAUGAGGCUCUGAGUGAAGAGGACGACAGUAUGGGUGAGAGGGAGAGCGACAUUGUUAGGGCACUGGAAGACAAGAAAAUUGCCAUCACAGAGAAGGCCAAGCACGCAUUUGCACAAGAACGACACUUAGAAAGGACUGGAGGGCCAUUGGACCGAAUAGGAACUGCUACCGAAACUUCUGUGGUGGUGGCGUCGGCAACACAAGAUCAACCAAAAUCUAAAAGUUGGAGUUCAUGGAUAAUGGGACGAUGA